ACCCCAAUAAUAAUUUCAACAUUAAAUUCACCUCUUUCUUAAACCCCCCCACUUUCCCAUUUGACUAAUUCACAAAAUUUUCAACCUUUUUUUCUCUAUCUCUUCAUUCUCACAUUUUCUCUACCAUGGCUGAGGAUUACAACACAUCCAUGUUGGAUCUUAAUCUUCAACUUGGAUUAGGAAGCUAUGUGCAAAAUAAGGUGAACAAACCAUUGGUUAAUUCAAAAGAGGAAUUAGCCUUUGAUUUGAAUCAAGAUGAUAAGGCAAAUGAAUUAAGUUUGAAGAGAGUGCAUGAAGAACAUCCAAAUGACUCAAAUGAAGAAAUUACUAUUAGCACCAAUGACAAGAAUGGGGGUGCAAAGAAAUUGAGGCUUACAAAGGAGCAAUCAGACAUGCUUGAGGAUGCUUUCAAGCUUCAUAACACCAUUAACACCGCUCAGAAACGGGCACUUGCUGAACAAUUGAAUUUAAAGCAUAGACAAGUUGAAGUUUGGUUUCAGAACAGAAGAGCAAGAACUAAGCUGAAGCAAACAGAGGUAAACUGCAUAUUCUUGAAGAAAUGUCAUGACAAACUAAAUGAAGAGAACCUAAGGUUGAAGAAGGAAUUAGAAGAGCUGCGUGCAUUAAAAAUUGGACCAUCAUACACUUCUCAAUCAUCCAAGGCUGCAAAUUGGACCAUUUGUUCAUCUUGCAAGAAAAUUUGGAAGCCAAAUGAAGGACAUAACAAUGAGGAGGAUGGGGUCAGAAAGAGCAGCCAAAGCACCAUAGAGUUAGAUUAGAUGCUAUAAUUAAGAUAACUCAUAAAUUUGCCUGAGGAUAUAUUUAAUUGGAAUAUUGUUAGUGUCAAUUAUUAAACAUCAAUUGUUGAUUUGUCAGGAAAAAAAGAUUUAGUACACAUCCUAAGUCAGCACACCAAAUGAUGUAUAGGACUGCGGUAUGUUAGCUAUAGAUAUUAAACAUUAGAUAUAUAAUGUUAGUUGGGUACCCUCUAUAAAUUAAUCAACAUUUUUCUUUAA